AUGAAGGUCGGGUGGCUGGAAGCCACCGUCCUCACGGCCGCCACGGUCGCCAGUGCUAAGGACCUCGCAUAUUCCCCUCCCUACUACCCAUCUCCAUGGGCGACCGGCGAAGGCGAGUGGGCCGAGGCCUAUAGGCGGGCUGUUGACUUUGUCUCCAACUUGACUCUGGCGGAGAAGGUCAAUCUCACAACUGGUGCUGGAUGGGAGCAAGAACACUGUGUCGGUGAGACCGGUGGUAUCCCCAGACUUGGAAUGUGGGGAAUGUGCAUGCAAGAUUCUCCCCUCGGUGUUCGUAAUGCCGACUAUAACUCGGGCUUCCCGGCUGGUGUCAAUGUGGCUGCUACCUGGGACAAGCGACUUGCCUACCAGCGUGGUGUCGCAAUGGGUGAGGAGCACCGUGACAAGGGUGUUGAUGUUCAGCUUGGACCCGUCGCAGGGCCCCUGGGCAAGUAUCCCGAUGGUGGUCGUGGCUGGGAGGGAUUCGCACCAGAUCCCGUUCUGACUGGUGUGAUGAUGGCUGAGACCAUCAAGGGUAUUCAAGAUGCUGGUGUCAUUGCUUGCGCCAAGCACUUUAUCGGCAACGAGCAGGAGCACUUCCGCCAGGCCGGUGAGGCCCAGGGAUAUGGGUACAACAUCACCGAGAGUGUUAGCUCGAACAUUGAUGACAAGACCAUGCACGAACUGUACCUCUGGCCCUUUGUGGACUCGGUUCGUGCCGGUGUUGGUUCUGUUAUGUGCUCGUAUAACCAGAUCAACAACAGCUACGGUUGCUCCAACAGCUACACCCUGAACAAGCUGCUCAAGGGCGAGCUUGGUUUCCAGGGCUUUGUCAUGAGUGACUGGGGUGCGCACCACAGUGGUGUCGGUGAUGCUCUCGCUGGUUUGGAUAUGUCCAUGCCUGGUGAUGUUGUUCUAGGCAGCCCUUACUCGUUCUGGGGUACCAACUUGACUGUCUCGGUGCUCAACAGCACUAUUCCCGAGUGGCGUCUGGACGAUAUGGCCGUUCGUAUUAUGGCCGCCUACUACAAGGUUGGUCGUGAUCGUGUCCGUACUCCUCCCAACUUCAGCUCCUGGACUCGUGAUGAGUAUGGUUACGAACACAACAUUGUGAGCGAGAAUUACGUGAAGCUGAACUACCGUGUCAACGUUCAACGCGAUCACGCCAAUGUUAUCCGCAAGAUUGGAUCGGACAGCACUGUCUUGCUCAAGAACAAGCCUGGUGCUCUGCCCCUGACUCAUCAGGAGCGCCUGAUUGCUAUUCUGGGAGAGGACGCUGGCUCUAAUGCCUAUGGCGCGAACGGCUGCAGUGAUCGGGGCUGUGAUAACGGUACUCUGGCAAUGGGCUGGGGCAGUGGAACAGCCAACUUCCCCUACCUGAUCACCCCCGAGCAGGCCAUCCAGAACGAGGUUCUGAACUACGGCAACGGCCAGACCAAUGUCUUUGCUGUCACUGAUAACGGAGCUCUUGACCAGAUGGCCGCCGUUGCUUCUACCGCCAGUGUUACCCUGGUCUUCGUCAAUGCCGACUCUGGCGAGGGCUACAUCAGCGUUGAUGGCAACAUGGGUGACCGCAAGAACAUGACUCUGUGGCAGAACGGAGAGGAGGUCAUCAAGACCGCCACUGCUAAAUGCAACAAUACCAUUGUGAUCAUGCACACUCCGGGCUCUGUCCUGGUUGGGGACUGGUACGAUAAUGAGAACAUCACUGCUAUCCUCUGGGCGGGUCUUCCGGGCCAAGAGAGUGGUCGCAGCUUGGUUGAUGUCCUCUACGGCCGCGAGCGCAAGGACUACGGCGCUGCCAUCCUGACCGAGGCCAACAACGGCAACGGCGCUCCUCAGGAUGACUUCAACGAGGGUAACUUGAUUGACUACCGCCGCUUCGACAAGGAUGAUGUGGAGCCAAUUUUCGAGUUCGGUUUCGGCCUGAGCUACACCAAGUUCGAGUUCUCCGACCUUGAGGUCAAGGUCCUGAAUGCCGACAAGUACGAGGCAACCACUGGCAAGACCAAGCAUGCCCCCGUCCUCGGCAAGUCUGAGAAGGCCUCGGACAAUCUCUUCCCCAGCGGUAUCAACCGUGUGCGCCAGUACCUCUACCCCUGGUUGAACUCGACCAACCUCAAGGAGUCGGCUGCCGACCCUGAUUACGGCAUGGAUGCGAAGGACUACAUCCCCGAGGGAGCUACUACCGGCACCCCCCAGGAGCUCCUGCCAGCCAGUGGUCCUUCGGGUGGCAACGCGGGCCUGUUCGAGGAUCUCAUUCAGGUCACUGCCACUAUCACCAACGCCGGCACCGUCGCUGGUGACGAGGUUCCCCAACUUUACGUCUCCCUUGGCGGCGAAGACGACCCUGUCAGAGUCCUCCGUGCCUUCGACCGUGUCUCCAUCGCCCCCGGCCAGCAGAUCCAGUGGACCACGACUCUGAACCGCCGUGAUCUGUCCAACUGGGACGUGCCUUCGCAGAACUGGGUUAUCUCCAGCGCCCAGAAGAAGGUGUACGUUGGCAACUCGUCACGCAAGCUGCCUCUCUCGGCCGACUUGCCUACCGUGCAGUAA